AGGAUUACAAGCUUGAGCCACUGCUCCCAGCCAUGUUUGUAUCAUUUAUUAUGAUUUAAUUUUUUUCCCUCAAUUUCUUCUCAACAGAACAUAUCUUAUUGAAAUAAAUAGCUCUAUGAGAAUAUAUGCUACUUUAAUCUCUCUGUAUUCCACGUGCCUUUUUGUAAAAAGCUAAAGGAACUUUAAAAACUUGAGGAUGCUCUACUUAAAAUGGGCCAAGUGAAGCUCAAAAUCACAUCACUAAUAAUAGUCAAUUAUUUCUAAAUAAACUAGUAAAUUCCACCAUUCCGACAUGAUACCUGGUCCUACUGACAAGCCCAGUCAUUUGAAUAGUAAAUUUUUAAUGUUCGACUAAAUAUCUUAGGUUUAAACAGAUGAUGUUUGGCCAGUAGAUAGCUUGUUGAAAUCUCAGAAACUAGAAUAUCUGUAGUUGUGAGAUUCUGCAACAAGUUUUUGAGCAAAGUUAAUUUAAUUUUAAAGUUGUGCCACACUGCACUUUUUAGAAGAGUGGGAACAGUAAAAUCGAAGUAGGAUAUUCUGAGGAGAUUCCAGGAAGAUUCGACAAGUCACUUUUAUAUGGUAGUUUUAUGGUGGCCAUAAUUUUAAUAAUUUCUUGUGCUCAAGGUAAGGCCACAAAGACCAAAAAACCACACUCUUCUUUUUGAUAAUAUUUUGGCAACCUUAUUUUCUUAGGUUAAACGUGUGGCCCUAAAGAACCAGAAACCCAAAGGAACUAAUAUUCCUGCUCCACAGAGUCCCGUCUUUAGUAAGACUGUUUCUGGAGUUUCUAUGAUGACCAAGGUACUAGGCAUGGGCACUGUCUUGGGCCCGAGGCCUCCACGGGAGCAGGUGGGGCCAGUGAUUGUGAAAGUCGAGGAGGAGGAGAAAGGGAAGUGCCUUCCUAGCCUGGAGAUGUUCCGCCAGCGCUUUAGGCAGUUUGGGUACCAUGACACUCCAGGGCCCCGGGAGGCCCUGAGCCAACUCCGCGUGCUGUGCUGUGAGUGGCUGAGGCCUGAGAUCCACACCAAGGAGCAGAUCCUGGAGCUGCUGGUGCUGGAGCAGUUCCUGACCAUCCUGCCCCAGGAGCUCCAGGCCUGGGUGCAGGAGCACUGCCCGGAGAGCGCUGAAGAGGCCGUCACUCUCCUCGAAGAUCUGGAACGGGAACUGGAUGAGCCAGGACACCAGGUCUCAGCUCCUCCAAGUGAACAGAAACAGGCGUGGGAGAAGAUGUCGUCUUCAGGAACAACGAAGAAGUCCCUGGGCAGUGUGCAGCCACAGCCCGAGGAGACCAGUCACAAGUAUGAAUCUUGGGGGCCCCUGUACAUCCAAGAGACUGGUGAGGAGCAGGACUUCACUCAAGAUCCAACAAAGAUUCAAGAUUGUAAGACAGAUACCCAGAAUGAGGAAUCAGCCAAUGAGCAGAAAGGUUCUGAAGAAGAAUCUUGUGCAGAUGGACUCAAAAGAGAUAUCGUUCCCGUGAUUAUUGCCAAUAAAUGUGAGGCCAGGUUAGAAAGGCAGCGUGUAAACCUUGAAAAGGAAAGAGGAACAAAAACGCCCCUUCAAGACACCUGCUCCAAGAAAGGUACAGAAUCGGUUCCUACUAAACCUACCCCAGGAGAGAGACGUUACAUAUGUGCUGAGUGUGGAAAAGCCUUUAGCAAUAGCUCAAAUCUUACCAAACACCGGAGAACACACACUGGGGAGAAACCAUACGUAUGCACCAAGUGUGGAAAAGCUUUCAGCCACAGCUCAAACCUCACCCUUCAUUACAGAACACACUUGGUGGACCGGCCCUAUGACUGUAAGUGUGGGAAAGCCUUCGGGCAGAGCUCAGACCUCCUUAAACAUCAGAGGAUGCACACUGAAGAGGCACCGUAUCAGUGCAAAGAUUGCGGAAAGGCUUUCAGUGGUAAGGGCAGCCUCAUUCGACACUACCGAAUCCACACUGGGGAGAAGCCGUAUCAGUGUAACGAGUGUGGGAAGAGCUUCAGUCAGCAUGCAGGUCUUAGUUCACAUCAGAGACUCCACACCGGAGAGAAGCCGUAUAAAUGUAAGGAGUGUGGGAAGGCCUUCAACCACAGCUCAAAUUUUAACAAACAUCAUAGAAUCCAUACUGGGGAAAAGCCUUACUGGUGUAAUCAUUGUGGGAAAACCUUCUGCAGCAAGUCAAAUCUUUCCAAACAUCAGAGGGUCCACACUGGAGAGGGAGAAGCACCGUAACUGUGAAGUGUGCUCUUCCGUUGUUUUGGGUUUUUUAAACUUCAGAAUGUGAAUGCCAGGGACCAGCCCUGUUAUGAUAGAUUUUGCUUCACUCAACAUCAAGGAAUGUUUGGGGAGUGAGAGCUCCACAGUGACAUGGUAGACAGGACAUCCUCAGAUGGUGUCAGUGGGUUCCACACUUGCCAGCUGGCUGGGGCAGAGUCCCCGCCCACUCCACGAUUAGGAUCCCAGGAGACCCUGCCAGCAUUGCUUUUUGAAUAAACUGAUGUAUAUCCGGUAUAAUUAAGUAAUUAAGGAAGAAACAUUAAAACUGUUGAACUGCUUUAACAUAUAUCCAAGAAUUAUAAUUUGUAAAGAAUUGAGCCACAUUGGACACAAUUUAAUCGGAUUCAGAAUAAACUUACAACAUCUUGUAA